UGGCAGGAGGUAAUAUUUGACGGGGCUGCCGGCACCAGCGAGCUGCCGCUGAGCCAGGGGCGCAGAGCAGGGCAGCAAGCAUGGCCUCCCGCGACCCGCCCGCCACCACCUACGCCCUGCCCGACGCGCCCUCGGGGGUCGCGCUGUUCCUCACCAUCCCCUACGCCUUCUUCCUGCCCGAGCUGGUAUUCGGGCUUUGGGUCUGGAUCCUGGUAGCCGCUACCCAGGUAGCAAACCCAUUGCUGCAAGGAUGGGUGUUGUACGUCUCGCUCACCUCAUUCCUCAUCUCCCUGAUGUUCCUGUUGUCUUACCUGUUAGGAUUUUAUACGAGAUUUGAGUCCUGGAGAGUUCUGGACAGUCUGUACCAUGGGACCACCGGCAUCCUGUACAUGAGCGCAGCUGUCUUGCAAGUGCACGCCACCAUCAUUUCUGAGAUCCAGGACCUGAACAACUACUACAUCAACACGGCAGCCUCGUUCUUUGCCUUUAUCACGGCACUGCUGUACAUCCUCCACGCCUUCAGCAUCUACUACCACUGAUGCAGCAGGGAGCCGCGCCGAAGGAGAAACGCCCAUCUGAAGCCGGGUUAUCAGCCCCCAGGCAGCUUUCGACAUCUGCCUUCUGAAUGAUAAAUGGAAGAUCUGAAAUAUCCACGGGAUUAACAGACCAUCUUUCCAAGCUGAGUGAUAUACCACAUUUUGGCACAUUUGUUUGGACAUAUUAAUUCACUAUGAUAAAUAUGACAAAGCUAUUACUUUCUUUUCCCUGGGAAGCAGCUGUCACUUGGAAUUAUCUGACCAUGCUAGCCCUUCUAGAAAACUCAAAUUGAACCCCUUCCUGUUGAGAGUUCCAGCUCCACUGUUGCCAUGUUUAUUUGGGGAUUUUGCCUCAGCCAUGGGGCUCCCUAUAGGAGGUUCUGAUUCAGUCUGAUUUUCUUAAAAUGGAAAAGGUGCUAUCAAGGCCUUCAGAUCCAAUGCAGAUGUGCAGACCUCGUUCCUGUCCUCGGUCUGCCUCUGCUGCAGCUUGGAGGCCCGAAGUCCCCCAGGAAGCUGGCAGGGGCAAGCUGUGCUGCCCACCUUCCCGCCUAUUUCUCCUCCCCCUUCUUCCCAGUCAUUGAGGUCCAAGGAAAAUCUGCAUAAAACCAGCUUGGAGGGCAGAUUUGUGAGGAAAAUAAAUGACUGACUCUACAAAAUGAUUAUACAGUGAGAGCUGGGAAGGGGGAGGCCUUCUCCACGCGUCAGGCCUCUUAAAGCUGUGCAGCUGCAGUGCGCCGGUUCCAGCGCUCCAGGACCCCACCGCCUAAGGACUAGAAGCCGUCCUGUCCCUCAGAACUGACCCUCAGUGAAGGAGGCUGGGAUGUUACAUCCACAGAUUCUCUUGCCACAACCACACGGGAGGAAGAAGCUGUUGCACAGUCUCCGGGGACAGCGUGAGGACCCAUCCUGGGGACUGUGCUGCUCUGUGCACGCUCGCUCUUAAGUGACACUUGGCUUAAGGCCUUGGGGACCAGUGGCACUACUCUCUGGGUGGGGACCAAGGUCCUCAUCUGGGCUCGAAAGGGCCUCAACGUGCAAAGGCAAGGCAUUUGCACUUUGGGCCCAUUCAUAAAGCGACGGCUGGCACUAUGCACAGAGAAAUGCCAAAUUGAGAUGCUUGGUUUCAAAGAAAAUGUUUUUCAAAGGAAACCUGCACCCCUGUGCUGACCCAGGCAAGCAGGGCACAGCCCCAUAACUGUAGGUGCCGCUGUCGUUUGAAAUGAAAUAAACAAUGACAUAAAAGGGACUUAUUUUAACUGAUUCUAGUGCUUCCAGUUUUGUAUCAACUGUUUUCUGCUCCUAGGGAGGGGGGACGAUGGGAGUCACUGGAAAGAAAACUGGCUCCACUGUUGUUUCACUGCUCACUUUCUACUUGCCUUGCUAUCUUGAAAAGCCACCACGUGUCUCUUAUUUUCUUGCCUGGCAGCUGCCUGGGGUCAUCACUGUUUAAUAUUUACCAAAUAGCCAUGUGCAAAUAAAAGUCAUUUGUACGGUAAAA